GUGACUACUCAUCCAUCCAUGGCUCCACAACACCAACUCUCGCUAUAGCUGCAGGCAAUCAAGCACUUGCGAUCGAAAGCGCUCUGCAGUUUCGUCGAGUACGAAUUAGUUUUCGCUUCGUCGUUCAUCUCUUAGAGUAGCAUGCUCGCGAUUCGUGGGCGACUAUUCCUAUCUCGUGGUCAUUGGCAACUAGAGCGGUUGAAGGUAGUUCCCAAUAAGACGGGACCGCAACAAUUGACUGUAUCGAUUUACUCUUUUGCGCGUUUGUCUGACCUUCUGUUUUGCCCUGGGGUACUCUACACGAACAUGGCACCUGGCAAGGAUCGCCCAACAGCCGAGCCAAUUGUCGAGGACGACCCUGGCGAAUCCGCUUCAGCUUCUCGCCUUGUCGCAACAGCAGCAGCGUCUGAUCUUGCAUCGAAAAAUGCCGAGGACCGUUCAGAAUCAUCACACGCCAUGACAGGAGGAACUAGAACUGCCGUAUCAAUCUCAGCGGCAGCACCAUCCUCGACAUUGCCUUCCUCGUUUCCCACUCCUGUAACCCCGCUUCCUCCGCCAGAAUCCUCGUCUGUCGAGACCCGACGAGCUCAAGCCGCCGAGGCAGCAGCAACUGCUGGCCUUUUUAUUGAUCCGGACUCAAUUCUGCUGGAAGAUGACUGGCUGAUUGCCGUGCAGAAACCCCCGGGGGUGUACAGCGAGCACAUCCUAUCAGCUGUGGGUGCCAUGCUGGCUACGCGAGACCAGGCGAAAGACGCCAAACGGCCUAGUGAGGGAAGCACGGACGCGAACCAGAUGGCUUCAGGUGUCACUGUCUUCAGAGAGUGUCCAGGCCAGAACACACAUCCUUUGGAUGGGAAUGUAGCAUUGGGUGGGAAAAUUUCAGCAGCAGAACUGCAGGGUUCGAAUCCCACCUUCAGCACGCCAGCAUCGAGUGUCUGCUGCACUCCAUUGCCAACCAGAGUGACACCCACAGUGUCACCCAAAGUGUCACCCAAAGUGUCACCCACCUCCACCCCGUUUCUGGUGCAUAGACUGGAUCGCGACACCAGCGGCGUGUUGCUCCUGGCCAAGACUGCAGCAGCGGCAGCCACUUUAGGAAAGGCGUUUGAGAGGAGGGAAGUCAGCAAGUCCUAUCUAGCUCUCUGUGCCUUACCUGCUGCUGGAGGACCCGGUGAGGAUGUGCGCACUGAACAAGAUGCAAUCGCCACUGCAACUGCCUCUGCUUGUGCUUCGGCUUCUGUUUCUGCACCUGCUUCUGCCACUGCGUCUGGUUCUGUUCCUCCUGGCCCUUGCUCAUUGAAAGCCGGUCAGGAGAUUGUCCUGGAAACAGGUCAUGGCAGGUCAAGGCAUGGGCUGUGGCGCGUGUACGACUUGAAGGAUGUUGGGAAAAAGCUUCCUGGUGGAUCAAGGGUGAGGGACAUGCGGACAAAGCUGGUGGUUCUGUCAGUGCUAAGUGAAGCAGACUUUCGAUCGUCUGAUGUGGCACAAAAGAGCAAGGAUCGAGACUCGUGCGGGUCUACUCCAUGUGCGGUGUUGGUCCAAGCCUUUCCCCACACUGGACGUUCCCACCAGAUUCGUCUACACUGCCAGCUGGCAGGGUUUCCUCUUGUGGGGGAUGUGAGGUAUGGAGGACCUCUCGAGUGGCCUAAAGAAGGAAGAGUUUGGUUGCAUCAUCUUUUGCAUGCUGAGCGGUUAGAGUUUCCACAUCCAGGUACUAGGGAGCAGGUUGUGGUGCGUGGUGCAUUGCCUUUUUGGGCUAAAACACCUUCAUCGUAAUCCGAAGUGCUUGUCUUGCCUUGAUAAUGAGGUUUUCCUGCGUCUAGUUUUCAAGAGAGCAUA